UUUCCUUAUCGCGUUUUGGCAGGAUUGUUAUUGAAAAAUGUUCUUGACAUAACUGACGAGGAUGAAAGCAUAUAAUGUCAUCAAGAUAAGUAUAUUCAUUUUUUAGAGAUCACAAGGCCAAACAAAGUUCACUGAAAGAGUUCAAAUGUUCUGAUACGCAGUAGGCUGAAUUUGCAUCUGUUGAAACACGAACCAGCACGCUGUUCAUUGCCACACUUGAACUUCAAGUGAACUCGACUUUGAGAAGACGAUGGUUGAGUGUAAUGUUUCAAACCGAUACAACCCAUAUGUAGUAAACCGUGAAAGGGAUGUUUUUCGAGUGACAGAAGAACUGUAUGAUCUUCGUAACAGUCGAAAGCAACUCAGGGGUUUAACAUGUCCCCCAUCUUUUUGGCUCUCGCAAAACUACGUUUUGUUAAACCUAUUUGGAGUUGGUUCGAAGGUUUGUCGAAACUUUCCUGUCGACUUUUGCUUCGGACCUUUCGAGCAGAAUCUUUUUGGAGAAGCUGAAAAAGGCUUCGUUGCUUUAUAUGGGUCUACAGUUUAUGAAGCCUACAGACACAUUCCUCCUUGUUCAAAGUUUCUAAUUCCAGAGCGACGGAAGACUUUGGGCAUUCCUUCUGAUCAAUAUCUUCUGAUAGCUUUUGAUGAAGUUGGUGUCCUAGACGAAAGUCUCGACGAAUUUCAUUUCAAAAGAACCCACGACGGUAGAGUUCGACCAUACAACGACUUUAUCGGUAUUAUUCGUGAAUUGUGCAAAGAACCCGACUUGUUUUUUAUAGUUGUUGGGAAAAGCAAAGGCUUAAAUAUAAAUAAUUACGUAGCUUCAGUCUCAAGAGUUCAGUUAGUAUUUAUUCCUCUUGCGCCGCAUGAGAAACAUAGUAUCGUGGAACAUUUGGAGAAAAGUUCUUCCUUUUUAUUCACUAGGAGCCCAAAAGCUUCAGAAAUUCUUUGCCACGAAGACUUCUCAACUAGUGAACUUGCAGAAUUGUUGUUGGAAUUGACUGGUGGUGUUCCUGGUUUACUUGUUCGAGCAAUCAGUUACCUUUUGCCGUAUAAAUCAUCCAACAACAAUUUCUUAUUAUCAAAGGAAACCUUCUUGAUCAUAAUGAAUAACCUUCCAGUAACAAAUUAUUGUGUUGCGACAUUCUUACCUCGUCUGAUAAGUCUCAGUGAGCAGCGUAAGCGCUUGUUAAGAAUGCUUACGUUAUUAUCCUUGUAUCGUAUUCGAUUUGAUUUUGAUGAAACUGUGCAAAUAAGCUCAAAUUCUGAUGUGUUUUUGUUUGACCUAGUUACAGAUAUGUAUCUCUAUCGUCGAUUGGUUAUAGAACCAGACCGCAACGAACGCUAUGAAGUGUUGAUUCCCAAGUUACUGAUUGAAUAUAUUGACCAAGGCGUAAAGGAUGAUCGUUUAGAAUGGUUACUUUUACAAACUCUCAAGUCUCAAUCUAUGGAAUUCUUUUAUGAGUCGAAAUGUCGAAUUUUAGAAGGUCUUAUUGCGACACUGUUUUAUUUACACUUUUCUCGGCAUCCUACAAACAGCUCAAUGUUGUCUACUCUUGGUCAAUUGUCUCAUGUUUGGAAUGAAAUGAAUUUACAAUUUUCUUCCGAAUCUGCUGCUUAUUAUAUGAAAUCUAUACAUAAUACCAGAACUGUAUCAGGAACAGAGAGAAUGACAUUUGGAAGCAAUGAUGAAUGGGAAAGGAUAAUGAAAGAAAUGUUAGAACUUGAAAAGAUAUAUAUUCCAUUUCAUUCAACAUCCCAUAGUCCAGAUAUACUAUUCAAGUUGCAUGGAAGAACGAAUGAGAAGAACUUGAUGAUGGUGGGUAUUGCUUGUAAAGGACGAUGGAGUCGUAAUGUGCAUGAUCAAGUAUUGACUAGUCAUCCUACAUGGCAUUGUAUGUUGAUUAUUAUGAGUACUCAAUUAACAACCAACGUAUCUGAGGACUUGAAUCAUUCUAGUCGUUGUUAUUCAUCCGGCGAUAGUGUUGAAGAUUUCGUGAUUCCUCACAACUGUGAAUUGGUUAUUCUUUCUGAAGCUGAUGUAGAAAACUUUAUUGGCAAAGACAUUUUAUCAAAUUUAAGGAACGCUUUCAAAUCUGUGGAUAAUCCACAUUCGAGAAAUAUUGGCAUUUCAACACUACAAGAAAUAGUUUCAUCUCUUUCCAAAAAUAUUUAGGAAUAUCUCGUUUUCGUUGUUUAGUGAAUGCUUCUUUGUUAUCAUUGAAACAUUUGAAAUUUAAUAUUUUGUAAAGGAUGUGGAGUGUGCUUAAACUUUCUUUAUCAAAAGAUUCUGAAAUGAAUGGAGAUUACCAUAA